AGUCUUCUGGGUCGCCCUCGGCGCGCUUCAAAAUAACUCUUUUUACCUAAUUAGGUUGAAAUAUUUAUCCGCGAAGGGUUCCGAGGGGUAACGUCAGCUAUAGAUUGUUGUGCCUGUGGUAUUCGGCGAUAGUUCACGGGAUAAGAUACCGGAGAGACAAGGGGGACAACUUUGUACCCAUGAAUCGGAGGUGAACUCCGGGGUUCGGGAGUCGGGCCGGUCGGGCGCGCGCGCCGCCUGGGCCUCGGCUAGCUUAGCGGAAGCUGCUAACUAGCUAAUGACUUCAUCUAUCUGCUGUUAUCUGCCGCAUUGGGAGCCGUUAAACAGCGGGGAGGAGGAACGAGCCACGGUGUACUGCCUGUUGAAUGUGGGUGGGAGGAAGGCCGGUUCAAGAAGCGACCAUGGCGGUAUCGAGACUCGAUCGUUUGUUUAUCUUGAUUGACACCGGGACAACACCAGUGACCAGGAAAGCAGCGGCCCAGCAGCUCGGAGAAGUGGUGAAACUCCACCCACAUGAACUCAAUACCCUCCUGUCAAAGAUUUUGACCUACCUAAGAAGUCCCAACUGGGACACUCGAAUAGCAGCAGGCCAAGCUGUCGAGGCCAUCGUAAAGAAUAUUCCUGAGUGGGACCCGACGCCCAAACCGAAAGAAGAGUCCGGUGACGACUCGUCUCCAGACGACUCCUCUUGUGACCGCUUGAGUUUCUACCACUUCGACAUCUCCCGCCUCCUCAAGCACGGCGCCUCUCUGCUGGGAUCCGCGGGCGCCGAGUUUGAGCUGCAGGAUGACGCAACCGGUGAGAUUGACCCUAAAGAACGUCUGGCCCGCCAGAGGAAGCUCUUGCAGAAGAAGCUGGGUCUGGACAUGGGCGCCGCCAUCGGCAUCGACACCGAGGAGCUGUUCAACGACGAGGACCUGGACGACAGCGGCGGGCCGCGGGCUCACGGGAGCAAAGCAACCGCCGGGUCCAGCGCCCACAACAACCUGCCCCUUCAGGCCGCCGAAUUGAUUGACUCUGAGUUCCGGCCCGGCAUGAGCAGUCGCCAGAAGAACAAGGCCAAGCGGAUGGCCAAGCUGGUGGCCAAGCAGCGGUCCAAAGACAUGGAGCCCAAUGAAAAGAGUAACGACAGCUUCGAGGGCGAGCCGGAAGAGAAACGAAGGAAAACCAGCAACGCUGUCGCCGACCAGGCGACGGAGAGCAAAGCCUCGACGGACAACGUCCCUGAAGGCAGCGGCGUUUUAGAGGAGGAGUGGCCUCUGGAGAGCUUCUGCGAGGAGCUCUGCAACGACCUCUUCGAUCCGUCGUGGGAGAUCCGUCACGGUGCAGGCACGGGUCUUAGAGAAAUCCUCAAGUCCCAGGGCGCCGGGGGCGGGAAGCUGGCGGGCAGCACGGCGGCGCAGAUGUCGCGGCAGCACCAGGAGUGGAUCGAGGACGUGGUCAUCCGGCUGCUCUGCGUCUUCGCUCUGGACCGCUUCGGAGACUUCGUGUCGGACGAGGUGGUGGCGCCAGUGAGGGAGACGUGCGCCCAGACGCUCGGCGUGGCUCUUCGCCACAUGAACGAAACCGGCAUUUCCAUGAUAGUCGAUGUCCUGCUGAAGCUUUUACAAGAAGACCAGUGGGAGGUCCGUCACGGGGGCCUCCUCGGGAUCAAGUACGCCCUGGCCGUCCGACAGGACCUGAUCUCGGUCUUCCUGCCCCGGGUGCUCCCGGCCAUCACGGUGGGCCUCCAGGACCUGGACGACGACGUCAGGGCCGUGGCGGCCGCCUCCCUCAUCCCGGUGGUGGAGGGCUUGAUGCAGCUGCUGCCUCAUAAGAUCCCCUUCAUCGUGAACACGCUGUGGGACGCUCUGUUGGACCUGGACGACCUCACGGCGUCCACCAACAGCAUCAUGACGCUGCUCUCCUCGCUGCUCACCUACACGCAGGUCCGCCAGAGCAGCAUGCAGCAGUCACUCACCGUCCUGGUCCCUCGGGUUUGGCCGUUCUUGAGACACACCAUAUUGUCAGUGAGGAGGGCGGCGCUGGAAACACUCUUCACGCUGCUGUCCAAGGCCGACGAGAGCUGUGCAAUGUGGAUCAACCCCAUCCUGCAAGAGAUGCUGCGGCACAUCUUCCAGUCCUGCAUUCUGGAGAGCAACGAGGAAAUCCUGGAGCUCAUUCAAAGGGUGUGGAUGGAGCUGCUGUCUCGAGCCCCGCAGCAGUACGUGGUGGCGGCCAGCUGCCCGUGGAUGGGCGCCUGGCUCUGCCUCAUGAUGCAGGCCUCGCAGAUUCCCAUAGACGUCAACAUGCUCCUGGAAGUGAAGGCUCGCUGCUGCAAGGAUAAGGCCGGUGCGAAGGCCCGUCAGGGGACCAUCCAGGUGAAGGAAGUCACUCAGGAGUACAUCGCCGGAGCAGAGACGGUGACCGACGACCCGCUCACCAGGGACUACGUGGUCAUCCGGUCUCGCCUCAUGGCUGCCAAACUGCUGGGCGCUCUGUGUCGGUGCAUCUGCGACCCUCAGCUCAACGCUGCGUCUCAGGAGAUCCGCCCGGCCGAGUCUCUGGGCCAGCUGCUUCUCUUCCACCUCAACUCCAAGUCCGCCCUGCAGCGCAUCGCCGUGGCUCUGGUGCUCUGCGAGUGGGCCGCGAUGCGGAAGGACUGCCAGGUGGUGUCGCUGAUGGUGCAGCCUCGCCUUCUGGCCAUUCUGUCGGAGCACCUGUACUACGACGAGAUCGCCAUCCCCUUCACGCGCAUGCAGAACGAGUGCAAGCAGCUCAUCGCGCUGCUGGCCGACGCCCAAAUCGACCUGCAGGACCGCCUCAACUGCAGCGUGUUCACGAUCGAUCAGGCCAACGAUCUGGUAACCACCAUCUUCACGGAGUCGACGGCCGGUCUGAACGUGAACUCCGCCCAGUUCCAGGCGCUGGAUGGCAAGCGGCAGCAGGCCCAGGCGACGGUGACGGAGACCGACAUGGACUGGCAGCAGCUGCACCUGCGCGUCCACAUGGUCACGGCGUGCGCCGUCAUCAACCUGCAGGCGCUUCCUGAGAAGCUCAACCCGCUGGUCCGGCCCCUGAUGGAGACGGUGAAGCGGGAGGAGAACACCCUCAUCCAGGGCUACGCCGCGUCCUUCAUCGCCAAGCUGCUGCAGCAGUGCGCCGGACGCUCGCCGUGCCCCAACCACAAGAUCCUUAAGAACCUGUGUGCCUCGGCCUGCAUCGACUCCGCGGUCACGCCCUCGGCCGCCUGCCCCGUCCCCCCCACGCUGGACAACGCCAAAGGCAGUGGGCUGGAGAAAGAUUGCACUUAUCACAUGGUCAACAAAACCCGCGGCAUCAUCACCCUGUACCUCCACCAGAGGGCAGCGUUUGCCAUCACCAGUAAGAGGGGCCCGGCCCCUAAAGCCCCCAAGAACCUCACCACGGAGCUCCCUCCCGGCAGCACCAUCUGCAUCGACAACGACGAGAGCAAGAAGCCGUUUCUCAUCCAGAGGCGAGGAGCAGAGUUCUCCCUGACGACCGUUGCCAAGCACUUCGGCGCAGACUUCGCCACGUCUCUGCCGUACUUAUGGGAGAACACGGUGGGGCCGCUGAGGAUGGUGGUGACUGGAGAUCAUCAGAUUGACGGGCAGCUCCAGCUGGAGAGGGGAGACGCUGCAGCUCAGGAGCUGGUCAACUCCCUACAGGUGCUGGAGGUCAUGGCCGGGGCCAUGGCGGCUGAGCUCAAGCCUCUGCUGCUCGAGCACCUCCCCCAUCUGUUCACCUGCCUGCAGCACCCGUACACCGCGGUGCGCCACAUGGCCGCCCGCUGCGUCGGCGUGCUCAGCAAGAUCGCCAUGCUGGAGACCAUGACCGGCUUCCUCGAGUGCGUCCUCCCCUGGUUGGCCGCCAUCGACGACUGCACCAAACAGGAGGGAGCCAUCGAGGCGUUGGCCUGCAUCAUGGAGCAGCUGGACGUGGACAUCGUGCCCUACAUCGUGCUGCUCGUGGUGCCGGUGCUCGGCCGCAUGAGCGACCCCAGCGACAGCAUCCGCUUCAUGGCCACGCAGUGCUUCGCCACGCUCAUCCGCCUGCUGCCCCUCGAGGCCGGCAUACCGGACCCCCCCGCCAUGUCCGCCGACCUGAUCCGCCAGAAGGCCAGAGAACGCCACUUCCUGGAGCAACUGCUAGACGGCAGGAAACUGGAGAACUACAAGAUCCCCGUUCCCAUUAAGGCCGAGCUCAGGAAGUACCAGCAGGACGGAGUGAACUGGCUGUCCUUCCUCAACAAGUACAAGCUGCACGGCAUCCUGUGUGACGACAUGGGCCUCGGCAAGACGCUGCAGUCCAUCUGCAUCCUGGCAGGAGACUACUACCUCAGGGCUCAGGAAUAUGCCCGGACCAAGGCCCCGGACAGCAGCCCGCUGCCCUCCCUGGUGCUGUGUCCGCCCACGCUCACCGGCCACUGGGUGGACGAGGUGGCCAAGUUCUGCACCAAAGAGUUCCUCAACCCGCUGCACUACACCGGGCCGCCCACGGAGCGCAUGAGGCUGCAGCAGCAAGUGAAGAAACACAACCUGGUGGUGGCGUCAUACGACGUCGUCCGGAACGACAUCGACUUCUUUAGGAAUAUCAAAUUCAAUUACUGCAUCCUGGACGAGGGUCACGUGAUCAAGAACGGGAAAACCAAACUCUCCAAAGCCAUCAAGCAGCUGGCGGCCAACUUCCGGAUCAUCUUAUCGGGAACGCCCAUCCAGAACAACGUCCUGGAGCUCUGGUCCCUGUUCGACUUCCUCAUGCCCGGCUUCCUGGGAACGGAGCGGCAGUUCGCCGCCCGCUACGGGAAACCCAUCCUUGCCAGCCGGGACGCCAAGAGCUCCUCGCGGGAGCAGGAGGCCGGUGUGCUGGCCAUGGAGGCCCUCCACCGACAGGUGCUCCCGUUCCUUCUGAGGAGGAUGAAGGAGGACGUCCUCCAGGACCUCCCCCCGAAGAUAAUCCAGGACUACUACUGCAACCUGAGUCCUCUCCAGGUUCAGCUGUACGAAGACUUUGCAAAGUCCCGGGCGAAGGCCAGCGUGGAGGACAGCAUCUCCAGCACGGCCCCCGAGGAAGAGGAGGAUAAGCCCAAACUGAAGGCCACGGGCCACGUCUUCCAGGCGCUGCAGUACCUGAGGAAGCUGUGCAACCACCCCAGCCUGGUGCUGACGCCGCAGCACCCCGAGUUCAAACGCAUCAGCGCCCAGCUGGCGGCGCAGAGCUCCAGCCUGAGGGACCUGCAGCACGCGCCCAAGCUGUCCGCCCUCAAGCAGCUGCUGCUGGACUGCGGUCUGGGCGGUGGCGGCGGGCCGGACGGCGGCGCCGAGGCGGUGGUGGCGCCGCACCGCGUGCUGGUGUUCUGCCAGCUGAAGAGCAUGCUGGACAUCGUGGAGAUGGACCUGCUGCGGCCCAAGCUGCCCACCAUCACCUACCUGCGGCUGGACGGCAGCGUGCCGGCCGGCCAGCGCCACGCCAUCGUCUCCAGGUUCAACAACGACCCGUCCAUCGACGUGCUGCUGCUCACCACGCACGUCGGCGGGCUCGGCCUGAACCUCACGGGCGCCGACACCGUGGUGUUCGUGGAGCACGACUGGAACCCCAUGAGGGACCUGCAGGCCAUGGACCGGGCCCACCGGAUAGGACAGAAGCGCGUGGUGAACGUUUACCGGCUGAUCACGCGCGGCACGCUGGAGGAGAAGAUCAUGGGUCUGCAGAAGUUCAAGAUCAGCAUCGCCAACACCGUCAUCAGCCAGGACAACGCCAGCCUGCAGAGCAUGGGCACGGACCAGCUGCUCAACCUCUUCAGCCUGGACAAGGGGGAGAAGGGCGAGCCGGUGGGAGCGGCGGCCUCGGGGAAGAGUUCCAUGAAGUCGGUGCUGGACGGCCUCGGGGAGCUCUGGGACCAGCAGCAGUACGACACGGAGUACAACCUGGACAGCUUCAUGCACUCCCUGCAGUAGCACGCCACGGCCACCAGGCUACACACACACACACACACACACACACCUUAGAGAAGGUCACGAUAAGGAGUCACGGAUGUCUCGAAGCAAUAACUAAAACACAGCCGACAUAGGAACUCAAUAUAUAGAUGAAUAUAUAUCGGGUGACUGACCGUGGAGCCCAGCGGACGUCGCCAGUAUUUUAACAUAAAGAGAAAAAAAGACUUGUACAUAUUCCUGUAAUUGCUGCUUUUUGUUUAUGAUGACGGUGGAAUUUAAAUAAAUUCUACAGACCUUUGAACUACACUCUUCUUCUUCUUCUUUGCGCGUGAACAGCGAUGGCCACUAGAGGGCGUGGUGGAGUCAGGAUCCAUGAGACUUCAUUACAGCCUCAUUCUGAAACAUGCAGGCGCUUCAGAUGGAAGUUUGAGGUCAUUCUGUGACGUUGAAGCUGCUUAUUGGACAUUUUAUAAUUAAGUCCAACAGAAAAAUCAAUACCAACACAUUUCUAAUUUUUUACAGCGAAGCUCUUUAUAAAUGUCACGAUUUAAAAAAAAAUUUAAUAAUUCAGAUAUAUAAUGUAAGAACUCAAGAGUUUACAGAUUAUCUGAGCUCGUCUUUCUGCGAUCAUGUGACCGGCUCAUCCAGGGAAGUACAUUUAUUUUAUUUAUUAGACACAGAAUGUUGUUUUUCCUACUUUCUGACUAGUAUGAAUAUAAAAGAUGUUAUUCCCGUAAAGCCUCUGAACUCCACGGAGAAAAGAAGCCAAAGACACAAAGUUUCACAGCGUCGCACAACUACGUUUUUAAUAAGAUUUGCUUAUUGAUACAGAAAAUGAAAAAUGGAGGUGUGAACUCCGCUGAAGCCGUCGCAUGUUUCACUGCAGCCGACCAGGUGGAAAUAAAAACA